AGCCCACUGGUCUGUCCAGUACAAAUUCUGCACGCCUGUGUUUGCCGCCAAAAGCGUGUGCCGGCCGGGAGAGAUGGCCGCUGUGGUGGAAACAGACGUAAAAACCUGGGCGCCGUACGUGAGCACACCUCGGUGUGUGUGUGAGGACGGGGGCCAGGUCAAGAUGAUGGGCUGGAGGAGGGAGGGAGGAGUGUGGAAGUACUUCUACUUCUGUGAUAAGG